AUGAUGUACACUGGCCUGUUGCUUCUCCUGGCUGGUGCAGCUGCAAUUAUUGUUUUUGGGCUCUAUAGAGCUAUGCCCAUUAUCUUGGCGGCAACAACGACAACCGCGACACGUCAAACGGAAGCGAUCGAACAACAGCGUGACUUCAAGAUCCACCACCUCAACAAAUGUGUUGCGAACCCGUCAGGGACAGAUACAGGCAUUGAUAUUAUCGCCAUCCAUGGGCUAGACACAACUUCAAAAGAGACGUGGACAUGGAAAGAUCCUCGUGAUCUUGAGAAUAGAGAGAUGUGGGUCAACUGGCUGGCCGAUGAACACAUGCUUCCUGCAGAGGUUCCCGGCACCCGCAUCUUCGCAUGCGACUGGCCAGCAAAACUCUUCGAAGCAAAAGACUCGGUCCCAUUCAAGAUCGAAGAGCUUGCUGCAUCCCUUCGCCAAUGUAUUCUUGAAUUGAAUCCAAGAGGGGACCGGCAGAUUCUCUUCAUCGCCUCAUGUCUUGGAGGGGUUAUUUUGAUGCAGGCUCUUGCCGAGGCCAAAGACCAAUAUGCGACUAUUCGAGAAGCCACUCGUGGGAUUAUUUUUCUCGCAACGCCAUUCCGUGGCACUUCGUUUCAAGACGUAGCCUUGUGGGCGCAGCCGGGUUUACAAGCCUGGGCAUCAAUUCGCGAUCAGCAGCUGACUGAGCUUCUUGAAUGGGUAAAGUCAUCGGAAUUUGGUCUUGUAUAUCUCGUAGGCGAGUUUACCCGAAUAUGCGUCAAUCCAAACAACGAAGGACUUAAAGUGAUUACUUUCUAUGAGAAACGACAUUCACGCCUCUUUGCGAAAGUUCCCUUCUCUUCAUGGCUGCUGCCAUCGGGAAAGAAAGUGCUCGUUGAUAUGGAUUCUGCGACGCUAGAUUGUGUUCCAGACCGAAUCGCACUCGACCGACCCCAUGUCAUGAUGAACAAGUUUCGUGGACCAAAAGACACCGACCCGCACUAUGGGACAGUUGUGAGAAAUAUACAGGACCUUCUUGCCAAGAUUCAGACUGGAACAACUCUCGAGCAGGCAGACAAUUGGAUACGCAAAGAGCACUAUACUCCAGAGAAACUCAACAUUAUGCGGCUUUCGGGAGACCUUUUGGACAAAGGCCAAUCCUACAUCAAUCUCGUAAUUGUGGAGCAGAUCGACUUGAGCACGUCUGCCCAAAACCGUUCGAAAGAGGAAAACUCGGCGCCGCGCUCCUCUCCCUUCUCGCUUCUUGCGCGACAGAAAGUCGAGCUGCCAGAAGAGAAUGCCCAGCUUCGUUUGGCAGACAUUUUUAACCAGCGCAAAAGAUCCGAUGGCACUGAAAUCUUACCUCGAAAAAUCUUGAUACGUGGACGCGCCGGCGUUGGCAAGACCACUUUAUGCAAGAAGCUGGUCCAUGAUUUCAUGGAAAACAAGAUGUGGAAUAGUUUGUUCGAUCGUGUGCUCUGGAUUCCUCUACGAAAUCUGAAGCAACAAGCAAGCCCUGGAUACGACCUCACGACCCUCCUACGUCAUGAAUUCUUCCGAUUUUCGGAAGAGGAUAGCAAACGUUUUGCUAAAGAAUUAUGUACAGCACUUGUACGCGAACGGACCCUUUUCGUCCUUGACGGUUGGGAUGAAGUGGCUGAGCAAGGCAAGGGUGACGAUAUAUUUAGCGAGCUCCUCAGCCAGUCUAACAUCAUCGUCACAUCACGACCAUCUGCGACUCUUCCGCACGGCAUCAAUAUCGACCUUGAGCUAGAGACUAUCGGCUUCAGCCCAGCACAAGUAGACGAGUAUAUUGAUAAAGUUCAUGGGAAGAAAGUGGAUGAGAUCAAGGCGUUCCUCCGGACCCAUGAGCUGGUUCAGAGUCUUGUUCGCAUACCAAUACAGCUAGAUGCUUUCUGCUACUGCUGGGACGACAUUGGGAGCGAGUGUAAUCAGAAGCCUAAUACGAUGACGUCGCUCUACCAGGCCAUCAAUUCGAGUCUCUGGAAGAAGGAUAUCAUACGACUCGAGAAGAUGUUUCGGGGGAAAUACAUCACAGAAAAGUUAUUGAGUGAUAAUUUCCAGACGUUCAUAGAACUUCAUGUCAAGGACGAGCUGCGUUUCCUCGAGCACCUUGCCUUCUCUGGACUAGUUGCGGGUAAAGUGGAGUUCGGGUUUGGAGACUGGCAAAACGCCCGUCGUCACUCUGAGCUCCAGUUUGCGCCAAACGACAGCUUGCCGCGCCUCUCGUUCAUACGAACUUCAAACCAAUCAGCCAAGACCGAACAUCAGUCGUAUCACUUCAUACAUUUGACAUUCCAAGAGUACUUUGCGGCACGAUUCUUCGUUCGGCAUUGGGAAAGGAAAGAGGACCGUGAGAUGAAGUACACAGUGUUUGGCCAAAAGAGCGUCGAGACGAUCUCGCCGGUUGGUUUCCUCCGACAGCACAAAUAUGCUACAGGAUAUGACAUUAUGUGGCGCUUUGUUGCUGGCCUUCUGGACGAACAAGACCGAAGUUUCGAACUACUCAGUGAGAUUGAACGGGAAUCAUCCGAUCUUCUUGGACCCUCUCAUCAGCGAUUGAUUAUGCACUGCUUGAGCGAAGUAGCGCUUACAGGCUCCCAGCCGCAUCGAAACGAUUUCGAGCAGAGACUUUCAGAUUGGCUUCUGUUUGAAUACAGUUUAACGAAACGCGCAGGUCUCGCUCGUGAAAACGAGUUUCCCGACAAUUCUCUUCAGAUUGCAUUCCAACAAGGGAGCAUCGAAGUCAAAUCCGCAAUCCUAAAAUCCAUUGAACGACGAACUUGGUCCAACGAGAUUUCAGAUACGAUAGGCUGCUUCAUCGGGCAAAAUGAUGAUAAACUACGUCACGAAACCAUAAAGGCCAUGCAAUACCAAUCUGCAUUAUCCAUGAAGACUGUUGAUGUUCUUGUUGGACUGCUUAAGGACACCGAUCAUGACACCAGCCAGAUACUUCGCGUAUUAUUGAAUCAGUCAAAUUUGUCGGAUGCGCAUAGCGAACUUCUGGCUCAGGAAGUAUACGGGCAUUUGGACUCUUGGAGCGAGGCAACAUGUGAUUUUUUUAGCAAUAUCUUUCAUAAGUCACCAGGGUGUGCGUCAUUUGCAAAGGCUUUUGUUCGGUGUCUUAACAGCACUACCCCCCAGAAGAGUACUGGCGGGUAUAGAGCAAUUGCUGGACUGCGGAAUUUGCCUGAAGCUGUCAUCGAGUUCAUUGGUGAGCAGCUUAAAGAUUCAGAAGCUGAUGUUUCGGCAUUAAAAGCUCUACAGCGUCAGCGAGCACUGCCUCAAGCCAUGGACGCUAGCAUUAAGAAGCUUAAAGACCCAGAAUAUAUUGUGCGUGGUGAGGCGCUCAGAGUUCUGAAAAAGGAAAAUCAGUCAGCACUGCCUCAAGCAACCGUUGAGGUAAUUGUUGAAUGCAUGAAUGAUGAUGUAUGGUAUGUGCGAGAGACUGCGCUCGACGUGCUAGCGGAUCAAUCAGUAUUGUCGAAAGCAAUCGUUGAUGCAAUCGCCAAGAAGCUUGCCGACAAAAACGCUUAUGUACGGAGGGCUGCUGUGCGUGCUUUGGGGGCCCAGUCACCAUUACCUAAAUCAAUCCACCAGACUAUCUCUGGACUACGCACAGAUGAAGAUAACAAUGUGCGACGGGCGGUCCAAGACGUUCUGAAGCAGCCAGUGUUGCCUCGGGUCCUCAUUGAUGCUAUCAUCCAACGGAUGGAGGAUACAGCAGAAAGUAGCCAUCGUGCUAUUGAAAGUAUUUUAGAAGACCAAACAAAUCUACCUAAAAUGGCCUUCGACAUAAUCACUCAACGGAUACGAGUCGCAGGUACAGAAAUUCGCCAAGCUACUAUCAAAGCUCUCUUAAGUCAGCCAGUGUUACCUAAGGCCGUCAUCAAAGAUAUGAACGAACAGCUCAACGGCACAGAUCCCGAUAUACGAAAAACCAUAUUGAAGGCCUUGAUGCCGCGGUCAAAAUUGCCUGAAGAAACUGUGGUGGCUACUACGGAGCAGCUUGAAGAUCCAGAAUUUGCUAUACGAGAGGCCGCGUUGCGAGCCUUAAGACAUCAGCCAGUAUUACCUUACCCAACCGUGGUGGCUAUUACGGAGCAGCUUGAAGAUCCAGAACUUGCUAUAUGGGAGGCCGCGCUACAAGCCCUAGAAAAUCAGCCAGCAUUACCUCACCCAACCAUAGAGGCUAUCAUUAAGAGGGGUGGGGCCGCCGGAGAUUACACUCAAUGGGAGAUUCGUAGAAUACUAGAGCGGCAACCACUUUUUUUUGAAGUGGCUACAAAUAUGUUUGCCACGCGUGUUGGUGCCGACGAGGGUACAAGACAACAUCUUGAGUCUACCACGCAUUCAUUCGAUCAAAUCCUAAGAUUUCUUUGCAAAAUUCUUCUUGAGCAAAGUUUUGAAGAGUCGCUAAGCUAUUAUACUCACAAAGAUAUCGUUUGGGUCGACAACGGAAGCGGUCAGCUGAAGUUUGACUUCAGCCAUAAUCCCAAUAUGGUUCACCAGAUACGAAGUGCUAUAAUAGCUUCUCGGCCUGAAGGAUAUCCGUCGCAUGAUCCUGUUUGGAAGAAAUCCCACGUGGUCGAAUGA